UUGCGUGUCGUUCGGCGAAUUUGACAAUUAAAAGUUGAUAAGUUGUUGUUAAAAGUAAACUUUACGUAUAUAUACAACUGAAAGUAUUUGCUCGAACAAUUUGUAAAAAUUUAGUUAAUAUUUUGAAAAAUGAAAAUGGAUAGAAAGUUUUUACCAUUGAAAGUAAUCCUUGCAUUAAUCCUCUGCCCUUUUCAUACAACUUGUGCGGCUAAAACUAACUUUGUGACGUGUGGGUCAAUAAUAAAACUUCUAAACUCGGAUUAUGGCUCCCGCCUGCAUUCACACGAUGUCAAAUACGGUUCGGGCUCGGGUCAACAAUCUGUGACAGGAGUUGAAUUAAAAGAAGACGUAAACAGUCAUUGGGUUAUAAAAGCACCAACAAAAAAGCAUUGCGAACGUGGUGAACCCGUACAAUGUGGAGACAUUAUACGUUUAGAACACUUGACAACCAAAAAAAAUUUACAUUCACAUCAUUUCCCCUCCCCACUAUCCGGCGAGCAAGAGGUAUCGGCUUAUGGCGAUGAAGGUGCAGGUGAUACAGGUGAUCACUGGGAAUUGGUUUGCUCGAAUGAUGAAUGGGUACGUGAUGCUCAUGUACGAUUGCGUCACUUGGAUACUGGCAGUUAUUUGGGUAUGUCAGGACGUUCGUUUGGCAGACCGAUUUCCGGGCAAAUGGAAGUAGUCGGCUUCAGUAGUCCACAACAUGGAACACGUUGGACGACAGCGGAAGGGUUAUACAUUGUGCCUAAGGACAAAGGGUCACACGAGGAGUACGCGCAUACUGAAUUGUAAAAGAGUCGAAACAAAUGCAAAGUGUGCAUGUACUUUUUACGAAUUUUGUGGUACUUUUCGAUUAUGUUUCUCUCUUAUGUAUCAUAAGUAUCGUUAUGAUCAUAUUUAAGUUAUUAUUAUUAAUAAAUAAUAGUUCAAUUUGUAUUUGAGUUGGUUUCAUACAUGGCAACACAACAUUGUUUCAUCGCUCAAUUGCAAAAAUACUGUAGUACUCUUUAAAAUACCAAAUAAAUGCAAUUUGUGUUGAAAAAGAAAAA